CCGUGGUCACAUAAACAACGUGGUUCCCUCGCGUCCUCACUUUUCAUAACUUUCUUCUUCACUGCUAUUUGCCAUGGCGAAUAUCUCACUGGCAACCGCUUUGAGAACUCUCUUCACUAUUUUGGGACUCCUCAUGCUUGUUACUCUUCUCUACACUCUCUUAACCGAUGGUCUUCCGUUUCGCAAAGAACUUCUCACACCGUGGAUGACAGCAACUUUGGUUGAUUUCUAUAUCAACGUUGUAGCUUUGAGUGUUUGGGUUGUUUACAAGGAAGCAAACUGGAUCAGCUCAAUUCUGUGGAUUGUUUUUCUUGUCUGCUUUGGAAGCAUCACUACAUCCGUGUAUAUUGCUGUGCAAUUUUUGAAGCUGUCAUCUCAAGAAUCUUCACAGGAUCCUAUGUAUUAUGUUCUGUUGCGGCAUCCAAACAAGAAUGGCACAGCACCAAAAAGAGAGUAUUCAUCUGUUGUGACUCUAAGAAUACUUUUCAGCAUUUUGGGUGUUGUCAUGCUUGGAACUUUGGUGUACACUAUUGUCACCGAUGGUUCUCCUUUCCGUAUAGAGCUUCUAACUCCGUGGUUGUCAGCAACACUAGUUGACUUCUACAUCAACGUUGUGGCUCUAGCAGUCUGGGUUGCCUACAAAGAAUCUUGCUGGGUUUCUGCAGUCCUUUGGAUAAUUCUAUUGAUAUGUUUUGGAAGCAUUAUUACUUGCUUCUACAUUGUGAGGGAACUGUUUCAGAUAUCUUCCCAAGAUCCUGCUUACUUUGUUUUAGUGCAUCAUGAUGACAGGGCAGAAAACAAAUAUAAGGGAAUUUCUGGUGAGGCAACAUAGGAACGGUUGUUCAUGAACCAAAGGCAUGUAAGAGGGGCUCAUUUGGAAGUAAAGAAGGGAAUCGAUUAAUCCCGUAGCAGAUAAUCAGAUAUUAGAUGUAGUUUGGACUUUGGAGAUCAUUAUUUUUGCAAACACUACUAGCGGAUGGAUGAUGUCGUUCUCUUAUCAAUAAUUGUUGUUGAUUUCUAAUUUUCUUGUGAUAUCAAUGUUCAAUUGCACCGCCACCCCCCACCCCAAUUUAAUUAUAAAGUUUAAGCGUCAGAAUCAGAGAAAAUGUAUAUCUAUUCAUUUGUUACUUGCAUGGACGCUUCCUAUCUGGUUAUCUGGAGACUGGAUUUCACGAAAAAGUGAUUCGGAUUGUAACUGUUCACAUUUAUGUAUGCUGUAUGGAAUAUUUUUUUUAUUCAGAUCAAUGAAAAAAAAAAGGCACUA